AUGGCGGACCGGUCUGGACGACUACUGGAAAAUCUGGAUCAAAUCGAAAUGAGGGUGGAGGCUCUUCGUGAGGCAGCCACUACUAUGGAGCAAGAGAGAGAGUGUUUAAUUGAGAUCAUCCAAUCGAUACAAAACAGUCAGCAAAUGAGAACCAUUUGUGACGGGGAAAGGGAAGAGCUCUCACUUAUUGCCAGUAGACUUAUGGGCAGGACAUUAACAGUGAGUGUUUCUGUUGAUACGAUCCGCAACCCCCAACAGGAAGAGGCCUUGAAUAAAGCCACAGCCACUAUUGAUGAAAUCGCAUCUCAAGUGCUUGAUAAUAUGGAGGGGGCUCAAACGAGGCUGCAGGCUCUUCACACAGCAUGUGUGACCAAAGCAACAGCUGUGCCCAUUGAUCAGAAGUUUCAGAGUGUCGUGAUCAGCUGUUCCCUGGAAGACCAGAAGAAAAUCAAGCGGCGCCUGGAGACCCUCAUCAGGAACAUGGACAAUGCUGAGAAAACUAUUAGAAUCAUGGAUAAGUAG